UUGUGGGAAGAGCUGAAGCAGGCGCUCUUGGCUCGGCGCGGCCCGCUGCAAUCCGUGGAGGAACGCGCCGCCGAGCCACCAUCAUGCCUGGGCACCUACAGGAAGGCUUCGGCUGCGUGGUCACCAACCGAUUUGACCAGUUAUUUGACGACGAAUCGGACCCCUUCGAGGUGUUGAAGGCAGCAGAGAACAAGAAAAAAGAAGCCGGCGGGGGCGGCGUUGGGGGCCCUGGGGCCAAGAGCGCAGCUCAGGCCGCAGCUCAGACCAACUCUAAUGCGGCGGGCAAACAGCUGCGUAAAGAGUCCCAGAAAGACCGCAAGAAUCCGUUGCCCCCCAGCGUCGGCGUGGUUGACAAGAAGGAGGAGACGCAGCCGCCUGUGGCGCUUAAGAAAGAAGGAAUAAGACGUGUUGGAAGAAGACCUGAUCAGCAACUUCAGGGUGAAGGGAAGAUAAUUGAUAGGAGACCAGAAAGGCGACCACCUCGUGAAAGAAGAUUUGAAAAGCCACUUGAAGAAAAGGGUGAAGGAGGAGAAUUUUCCGUCGAUAGACCGAUUAUUGACCGGCCUAUCCGAGGCCGUGGUGGUCUUGGAAGAGGUCGAGGAGGUCGUGGACGAGGAAUGGGCCGGGGAGAUGGCUUUGAUUCUCGUGGCAAACGUGAAUUUGAUAGGCAUAGUGGAAGUGAUAGAUCUGGCCUGAAGCAUGAGGACAAACGUGGAGGGAGCGGAUCUCACAACUGGGGAACUGUCAAAGAUGAAUUAACUGACUUGGAACAAUCAAAUGUGACUGAGGAAACACCUGAAGGUGAAGAACAUCCAGUUGCGGACACUGAAAAUAAGGAGAAUGAAGUUGAAGAAGUAAAGGAAGAGGGUCCAAAAGAAAUGACUUUGGAUGAGUGGAAGGCUAUUCAAAAUAAGGACCGGGCAAAAGUAGAAUUUAAUAUCCGAAAACCAAAUGAAGGUGCUGAUGGGCAGUGGAAGAAGGGAUUUGUUCUUCAUAAGUCAAAAAGUGAAGAGGCUCAUGCUGAAGACUCAGUUAUGGAUCACCAUUUCCGGAAGCCAGCAAAUGAUAUUACAUCUCAGCUGGAGAUCAAUUUUGGAGACCUUGGCCGCCCAGGACGUGGUGGCAGGGGAGGACGAGGUGGCCGUGGGCGUGGUGGACGUCCAAACCGUGGCAUCAGGACUGACAAGUCAAGUGCUUCUGCUCCUGAUGUGGAUGACCCAGAGGCAUUCCCAGCUCUGGCUUAACUGGAUGCCAUAAGACAGCCCUGGUUCCUUUGUGGACCCUCCUCUUUGAGGCUUGCAUGCUUAAGGAUCCCAAACGACUAAGAAAUUUAAAAAAAACAAAAAACAAAAAAAAAAAGACUGUCAUUCAUACCAUUCACACCUAAAGACUGAAUUUUAUCUGUUUUGAAAAUGAACUUCUCCUGCUACACAGAAGUAACAAUAUGGUAGUCAGUUUUGUAUUUAGAAAUGUAUUGGUAGCAGGGAUGUUUUCAUAAUUUUCAGAGAUUAUGCAUUCUUCAUGAAUACUUUUGUAUUGCUGCUUGCAAAUAUGCAUUUCCAAACUUGAAAUAUAGGUGUGAACAGUG